UCGUUUAUACAUAAUCACUAUCUUGUGCUGCCUACGAGAUGUGCACUGGCAGGAGACCAGCCAUUUUUUCUCCCAGCUUCGCCUCCAUUAGUCUCCAAUGAGUUUUCUUGCUUAGGAACCAUCCCCAAUAGUCACACGUGAUUCUCUUUCAAUGCCUCCGACCUUGGCGCUCGCACUGGUGAGUGCUGCAACCGGGGUACUGAGCCCCGUCCUCGCGAAGCUCUCCACGUUGUUGGAGAACAAGUACAGCAGCCUGAAAGGAGUGGGCGACGAAAUCCUCGCCUUGCAGGAUGAGCUGAGCAGCAUGAACGCUCUGCUUCUGAAGCUGGCGGACAUCGAUGAUCUCGACAUCCAGGUGAAGGAGUGGAGGAACCAGAUCCGGGAGCUGUCGUACGAGAUCGAGGAUUGCAUCGAUGACUUCGUCCACCGUGUCGAGCAGCGUGACCCCAAUAAGCGCAAGAACAUGAAGGGUUUCUUCCAGGAAAGCAUUCAGAAGCUCCGAACACUUGGAGCUCGUAAUGAGAUCGCCAGCAAGAUCUUGAAGCUCAAGGCCCGUGUUGAUCAUGCAUGCGAACGGAGAAAGAGGUACAACUUUGAUGGGGUGGCAUCAAGCUCUAGCACAGUGGUGCCCAUCGACCCUCGAUUACCGGCUCUUUAUGCAGAGGCAGAAAGCCUUGUGGGUAUUGACGAACCAAGAGAUGAGCUCAUCGGGCGGUUAGCUGAAGGGGAGGUAAAUUCGGUAAGAAAACUGAAGGUCGUAUCUGUUGUUGGACUUGGAGGGUUAGGCAAGACUACUCUUGCCCGUCAGGUUUAUGAUAAAAUUGGAAAACAGUUUGACUGUCGAGCAUUUGUUUCAGUAUCCCAGAAACCUGACAUGAGGAAAAUAUUGAAAAACAUACUCACCGGUGUCACAGGGAUAGAGCACUAUCCAGGCAUAGAAGCAUGUGAUGAGGAGCAGCUCAUCAACAAACUGAGGGGAUUCCUCAACGACAGAAGGUAG